AUGACCUCGUUAAAGGAUUUCAUCAAAAAGGUGCGCGCCGCCAAAACAAUUGCGGACGAGCGUACUGUCAUUCAAAAGGAAUCCGCCGCCAUUAGAACAUCGUUUCGCGAAAAUGACACCGACAACCAUGUGCGGAAACAAAAUGUAGCCAAACUGCUAUACCUUUUCACUCUUGGUGAGCGCACGCAUUUCGGCCAGGUUGAGUGCUUGAAGUUGCUGGCAACGUCGAAAUUCUCCGACAAGCGUCUUGGCUACUUGGGCACGAUGCUUUUGCUCGACGAAAAUCAAGAGGUUUUGACCCUUUUGACGAACUCUCUCAACCAAGACUUGUCACAUCCUAACCAGUACAUUGUGUCGCUUGCACUCUGCACUCUUGGUAACAUUGCAUCUACCGAGAUGGCUCGCGAUUUGUUUGCCGACAUUGAAAAGCUUAUUGUUUCAUCAAACUCUUACCUGCGCAGAAAGGCAGCAAUUUGUGCCAUGCGUAUUAUCCGCAAAGUGCCCGAGCUUGAGGAAAAUUACGUAGACAAGGCCAAGUUGUUGCUUGGAGAUAAGAGCCACGGUGUUUUGCUUUGUGCCAUGGCACUAGUGACAGAUAUUUGCAUAAAUAACCCUGAUCAGAUUCCCAAUUUCCGCCAGUCACUCCCUCUUUUGAUUAAACAACUUGAGGCCGUUAUACAAUCCGGAUAUGAUCCAGAGCACGACGUGACUGGUAUUCCAGAUCCGUUUUUGCAAGUCAAGAUUUUGCGUCUAAUGAGAAUCUUGGGAGCUGGUGAUGCUCAAUCUUCUGAGAUGAUGAGCGACAUUUUGACAUCUAUUGCAUCCAAGACUGACUCCACCAAGAAUGUUGGUAAUGCAGUUUUGUACGAAGCAGUCCAGACCAUUUUUUCAAUUGAGGCAGACCCUGGUCUUCGGGUGCUUGGUGUUACCAUUCUCGGUAAAUUUUUGAGUAACCGCGACAAUAAUACUCGAUACGUUGCACUCAAUACUCUUUUACAAGUCAUUGAACGUGAACCGAUUGCAGUUCAGAGACAUAGAGCAACCAUUAUUCAGUGCUUGCAAGACAGCGAUAUUUCUAUUCGCCGACGUGCGCUGGAACUUUCAUAUGAGCUGGUGAAUGAGCAAAAUGUACGGGCUCUUACGCGCGAUUUGUUGUCCUUUUUGGAAACUGCUGAUACCGAGUUCAAGGCAAAGCUUACCUCACAGAUUGCGAUUGCGGCUGAAAAGUACGCGCCUAACCGCCGGUGGCACAUUGACACCAUCAUACGGAUGCUCAAGAUUGCAGGAGGAUACACUCAAGAGAACGUUUUAUCGUCAUUUGUUGUUUUGGUGAUGAACUCUGAAGAUUUGCAACUGUACACUGUACAGAAGCUGUAUGCAUCUGUGCGCAAUGAUUUCACUCAGGAGGGCCUAACAUUAGCUGCAACAUGGCUUAUUGGCGAAUACGGCAAUGUUUUACUUCAAGGAGGCUCAUUCAACGACGAAGAUCAACCUGUGGAAGUUUCUCCAGCUGCCAUUGUCGAUGUUUUGGAGUCAAUUCUUAACAGUUCUUAUGCCACUGAGGUUGUCAAGGAGUAUGUUUUGAAUGCUUUGAUGAAGCUCACUACACGUGUUGGCCAAAAUCCUUCUAUUAUUGAGAGAAUCCGGUUGUUACUACAGAAAAACGCUAUGGAUUUGGAUACCGAGAUUCAGCAACGUGUUGCUGAAUACAGUACGCUUUUUAAGUACGAUUCUGUGCGGGUUGGUGUUUUGGAGCGAAUGCCAGCGCCGGAGAUGGCUCAAGAGCUGAGCAAGCGAUAUGAGGAAGAGAAGAAGAAGAAGGAUGUGAAGCGCAACCCAUUACGGUCUGUUACGGCUAACUUGUCUACGGGAGGAUCUACAGGUAAGAGUUCUGUGGCAGUUAAGAACAAUGGUGGUGCAGGUGCAUCUGCUGGUGACUUGCUGCUUGACUUGAUGGGAGAUGAUGAUUCUAGUGCUGGGGCUGGUGGCGCUGGCAACGGAGUAUCUGCAGCACCAAGUGCAGCACCCCAGAAAAACAAUAUCGACUUGUUGUCUGAUUUGUUUGGAGGAAGUGGUGAUAACGGUAGCAGUACAAGCACUGGUAACGGUGGUAGCACCAACAGUGCACCUGCCAAACCUGCAAACCAAAGCAUUUUGGAUCUGUUUGGCAAUUCACCUGCAGCACCAUCAUCAGUACCUGUUUCAGCUCCAGCUCCGACACCCGUGAGAUCUACUGCACCCUUUUCAUCGACUCUUGGCAUUGGCGAGAUUGAAGCAUACUCUCGAGGAUCACUUCGAUUAACUCUUGAGCCUAUUCGCAAGGAAGAGCCUGGAUCUGUUGUUAUUGUUGCACGGUUCCACAAUGACGGUGGACUCGGUUCUCCUGAAAUUAGCAACAUUAAUCUUCAAGUUGCCAUUCCUAAAGGUCAGAAACUGACGAUGAAGGCUCUGAGUGGAGGAGGCCUAGUUGUUGCAGGAUCUGGGCCGGUGACACAAGAGCUUAAGAUUGCGGGUACACCUGGAGGCAAUGUUAAGCUGCGGAUGCGGUUGAGUUAUAGCGUUGGUGGGGGAGAAGAGGUCAAGGACCAGGUGGACUUUGCCAAGUUCCCCGAGGGGCUGUUGUAA